UUUCUAUUUCCAUAAACAUAAAAAACAUUUUUGAUUAACAAAUAAUUGUGUACAUUUGUGGACUACAGUGUGAUGCUAUAAGACAUGCACACAAAAUGUACCGAUUUAAACAGCAUGAUUAAGGCUUACAUCUACUGAUGAUGUCCUGACGCUCCUCUUUUCUAGCUCUUCAUAAAAUAUCUGUGCCUCAACAAAUGCUUCAGGGUUCCCAGCAGUUUAAAGCCAACAGAGAGGAGGGUGCAGGAUUCCCUCGCCAUCUGUAGAAGGUUCGAGCCUCACUCUCGUUGGAGGUAGACACAUACAACGCGAAGAUUUCUGCAACAUGAUACAGUGCAGUUUAAAAUCUUGGUUCUUUUUGUUUUUUCUAUUUUUCGUAUUGAGCUUAGAUCCAGAUUUGCCCCAAGACAGAAGAUACAGGAAAGGACUAGAAACUGGAGCCUGGAGCCUCAAGUCGCUGCCCAGCCGUGACGUUCGGUGGCCAGCAGGUGUCAGUGCGCUCUCGUUCUGUCACGGCUCAGGGCCUACGCCUCCAGGACCCUUCCCCACUGCCCUUCAAGGGGGCGCAGUGCAGACCCCAGCCCACGAACGUCCCGCAGAUAGCUCUAAGGCUGCAAGGAUAUGUGGCUUUCUCUUCCCCAAUAUGAAUAAGUCAGGCCUGGUCCGCUCACACGCGGCUGUUGUCCAUUCCGCUUCAGCGGUUCCAUAGGAACCUGCACAUGCUUAUCUCUCCAGGAUCUUUUUCAACCCGGCCACCACCAGGAACACCUGCCUGGCUGGGGCGGGGCUGCUUCGCCAGCGACCCCUACACGACGCUGCGGCUCCGUCUCCUAAUUCGGGUCCCAGCACCCUGGUACCCUUUACGGCUAGAACCCAGUUAGAUCGGUGUACUGUCUGCUGGCCCGCCCGGAGCUGCACGGCCAACUCCCAGCAGGGGCCGCUCCCCACUCCUUAGGCUCUCUCUUAAAGCCCCUUGUUCACGGUACCCGCCUUCCCAAAAGGCCAGUACAGCCUGCGAGGCAGCGCUCUCUGGGGUCCGACGCGGGUGCGGGCUCUAGACCUGAGUAGGGAAGGCGCGAGGGGCGGAGGGCUUCCCACGUGGGGGCUGACGCUGGCUGCUCGGCAACGCCGGCUUCAUCCUGGGACUAUAAAACCAGUGCACAGUAGAGCGGCGGAGCAGCGCUUCUGUGCAGACGCCCAGCGGCCGGUGCACGCCGCCCAGCCACCCCAGCGCCUUCAGCCCCAAGUCCUGCUAAAACUCCAAAGGUCUUCGGACCCCUGCGGGUCUGCUGCACUCAGAGCCCACCCAGUUGGCGGUUAGCAGCCACCCUUGCCUUGGCCGCGGCUUCCGGAGAGUCAAUCGCUCACCUAGCUUGGCCCUGAGGACGGGAGGGGGGUGCCUUCAUGCGGCCCCCACACCCUUCAUCCCGCCGCUGCCGCCCCCCCGAGCUCAGUGAGCUGCGUCCCAGCCCCAGCAGGGCGCACAACUUUGGAAGUCCCGUGGCUCUCCAAGAGGAAGCAGAGUCUGCGCCCUCGCCUGAGGUCCGGCCCAGCCCGCUCCACCGCGCCUGGGGGGCAGCGACAGAAUCGGAAAUCGCUUCGAGGGUAUAAGAAGACCGACCUAGGACCCUGAACCCUCACCAACACCCCUUGGCUGCCUUUUGGGGUAAGACUUCCUGCUUUCUCUCAGCUCAAGAGUCAAGAAUUAAAUCUCUAACUGCCAGCUGGCCCUACUCUAUCCUGCCUCUUAGAAACAAACUUGGCUGUGUUGGGGAGCUGGAAAAGAGAAGGCGCCCACCCGGAGCGGUGGACCAGCCCGUGCCAGUUCGCGGGCAUUAGUUUAUGGACAACUAGCAGUCCCCCAGCUUGGGCCUUGGUUCCCUAUGUGAGGCACGGCGGGACGGUCCGCGUGCCGGAGGAAGAGGAGGACCCACGGACGCGGGGCCGGAAGGCAGCUGGCAGCAGGCCCAGGAGAACCGGCACCCGCGUUCAUGUUCCGCCAGGAGCAGCCGCUGGCUGAGGGCAGCUUUGCGCCCAUGGGCUCCCUGCAGCCGGACUCUGGCAACACGAGCUGGAACGGGACUGAGGCGCCCGGGGGCGGCACCCGGGCCACCCCUUACUCCCUGCAGGUGACACUGACUCUAGUGUGCCUGGCUGGCCUGUUGAUGCUGUUCACGGUGUUUGGCAAUGUGCUGGUUAUUAUUGCAGUGUUCACUAGUCGUGCACUUAAAGCGCCCCAAAACCUCUUCCUGGUGUCUCUGGCCUCAGCGGACAUCCUGGUGGCCACGCUGGUCAUUCCCUUUUCUUUGGCCAACGAGGUUAUGGGCUACUGGUACUUUGGUAAGGUGUGGUGCGAGAUCUACUUGGCUCUCGACGUGCUCUUUUGCACGUCGUCCAUAGUGCACCUGUGCGCCAUCAGCCUGGACCGCUACUGGUCCAUCACACAGGCCAUCGAGUACAACCUGAAGCGCACACCACGCAGGAUCAAGGCCAUCAUCGUCACCGUGUGGGUCAUCUCGGCCGUCAUCUCCUUCCCGCCCCUCAUCUCCAUAGAGAAGAAGGGCGCUGGAGGCGGCCAGCAGCCGGCCGAACCAAGCUGCAAGAUCAAUGACCAGAAGUGGUAUGUCAUCUCGUCGUCCAUCGGUUCCUUCUUCGCGCCUUGCCUCAUCAUGAUCCUGGUCUAUGUGCGUAUCUAUCAGAUCGCCAAGCGUCGCACCCGCGUGCCGCCCAGCCGCCGGGGUCCGGACGCUUGUUCCGCGCCACCUGGGGGCGCCGAUCGCAGGCCCAACGGCCUGGGCCCGGAACGCGGAGCGGGCCCCGCGGGCGCCGAGGCCGAGCCUCUCCCAACCCAGCUUAACGGUGCCCCGGGGGAGCCCGCGCCCGCUGGGUCCCGCGACGGGGAUGCGCUGGACCUAGAGGAGAGUUCGUCGUCCGAGCAUGCCGAGCGGCCCCCGGGACUCCGUAGACCCGAGCGCGGUCCCCGGGCCAAGGGCAAGACCCGGGCGAGCCAGGUGAAGCCGGGAGACAGUCUGCCUAGGCGCGGACCUGGGGCCGCGGGGCCUGGGACUGCUGGGUCCGGGCCUGGAGAGGAGCGCGGUGCCAAAGCGUCGCGCUGGCGCGGGAGGCAGAACCGCGAGAAGCGCUUCACGUUCGUGCUGGCAGUGGUCAUCGGCGUGUUCGUGGUGUGUUGGUUCCCGUUCUUUUUCACUUACACACUCAUAGCGGUCGGCUGCCCCGUGCCCUACCAGCUCUUCAACUUCUUCUUCUGGUUCGGCUACUGCAACAGCUCCCUGAACCCGGUCAUCUACACCAUCUUCAACCACGACUUCCGCCGCGCCUUCAAGAAGAUCCUCUGCCGCGGGGACAGAAAGCGCAUCGUGUGAGCGAGUGGGAUGUGCCCUGCUUACAGACGCUUGUUCGAUGCAGGGCCCGGGCUUCGAGGGGGCGCGUCUGUGCAUGCAGCCCCAGCACUUUGAAACCCAGGACCUACCUGCUCCGUGUGUUAUCUAACUAGGAGGGAGCCCCGUGGUGUUUGAGGGCACCUUUUGCUACAUGUGUAAAGUCUGGCUGAGAGGGACACAUGCGCCUUUUGGUGGUUGCUUCGGUUGCUCUCCACCCACAGCCAUUUUCUAGGGGCUACCCCGAUCAGUAUUGUUUCCUAAAGACAUUGCCACCCUCUCCACCAGUCUGACUCUCCCAAGCUCUUCAGAGCAAGCGCAGUACUAGAGAAGGCAUGGCUGCCAAAGGGUUAAUUAACCAAGGUUUCCUAGCCCGGGCUAAUUACCACUCCCCCAACCCCCCUUUAAAAACCCAUUCAGGGCAGCCCUGCCUGCUCUCCCCACCCCCACUGUAAAUAUACAUUAUUUUUGAUAUCAUACUUUGAAGUCUUCAGUGUUGGCAUUGGUGUGAUGUUGAAAUCAUGGCCGUGGAGAUGCUCUCCAGUGGCUAACCUGGUCCAGACCAAACUCCUUCGCGAAGCAAGCCCUUUUCUAGUAUUAUGUCGCUGUCAGUGCUUUUUACCAGUAACUGGUGACAGUCCCUUGGACACAGACCUGCUUUGAGAUUUCCCGACAGGAAAAGGGUUUCUGUUCAUGUUCCUCCCCCUCCUCCCGCCCGUGCCUGACAGCAUAAUUGCCUUUUCCUAUGUAAAUAUUAGAGCGAUGGACCAAGACAGAAGGAAAUGAACCUUCCGCCUUGCAUCAGCCCUGUGUAUGAAGCCAUUAUCUUCUGAGGCACCACUUGCCCCAGUAACUCACUUUGAAACGGUCUCUGUGGAUCCCCACUACUCUGGGGCCAAGGCUUGAAGAAGAAUAUGUGUGUUUCUAGAUUGUAUGUGUGCCGCCCCUCCCCCAGAAAGAGCCAUCUAAGAGGGAAUCUUUUAGCUGCUGAUUUUAGCCACACAGAAGUGGAAAUUAUGCGGAAGAAACAAACCUGAUACAAUUUGCACAAGGUAAACAGUGAGAAGACAAAUGGGCCUGCCACACUGUACAGUGCCAACCCCAAGAGCUCUUAGGUAGGAAAGUGUUCCCUCCCCCCUGCUUUUCUGGCUGAGAUCAUGCCACUAAUGAAUUGCCAGAGUCAGGGAGGAAGGCAGAGAUUUUGUGUUUACAGCAGGGUUUCUACUUAUUUUGGGUGGAUAGGAAGGCCUGUGCUCUGAUUUAGAAAACUAAAUGUCAGCACUUGUUGCUUAUGACAGUGGAUUUUUUUUUAAAAAAAUAAAGUUUACAGAUCAAAUGUGAAAUAAACAUGGAUUA